AUGACGACGAGCACAACAGAAAAGGCGCUCGAGGACCGCGCCAAGUCGCUCCACAAGAAGGAGAAGAAAGCCGCGGCCAAGGCGGCCGCUGCUGCUUCUGCUUCUACAAGCCUCGAGGGCUCGCCAUCCCCGGCGUCCCCUGCCAAGAAGGAUAAGAAGGAAAAGAAGGACAAGAAGCGCUCGGCAGACGACAACGGAGAUGCUACCGGAGACGACGAGAAGGCUGCCAAGAAGCGCAGAAAGGAGGAGAAGAAGGCUAAAAAAGCAGCUGCCAAGGCCAGUGCCGCCACUUCGAUCGAGUCGACCCCCGCUGCCACUCCUGCGCCUGUCGCAUCGACGUCCUCCUCCACAGCAAUUUCGUUCACACCCACCAACCCUGCUGCUGCUCGCGCGUUCCUCGAAGCGAACAACAUCACUAUCGAAGCACCCGAAGAGUCCAACGAACGCCCCCCUCUGCCCAUGGUCGACUUCCGCGAGCUCGACGGCAAGAUCGACGCAGCCGUUAAAAAGACCCUCGACGCACAAGGCUUCACGACUCCCACUCCUAUUCAGGCUUGUUGCUGGCCCGUACUGUUGCAGAACAAGGACGUGGUGGGUAUUGCCGAGACGGGUUCGGGCAAAACGUUCGCAUUCGGCUUGCCGGCAUUGCAGCACCUGGUGACCAAGCACAAAGUGCUCGACGGAAGCAAGAAGAAGGCGAGAGGCGCACAGGUCAAUGUGCUUGUGGUAGCCCCUACCCGUGAGUUGGCUAUCCAGACCGAAGAGAACAUGGCCAAGCUCGGCAAGUCGAUGGGCAUCGGCAUGAUCUGCUUGUACGGCGGUGUAUCCAAGCAGGAGCAGGUGCGACUGCUCAACCAGACUCCCACGGUCCGCAUCGUGGUAGGCACGCCCGGUCGUGUACUCGAUAUGGCGAGGGACGGGUCCCUUGAUCUUUCUGGCGUCUCGUACUUGGUCCUGGACGAGGCGGAUCGUAUGCUCGACAAAGGUUUCGAGCCCGACAUUCGUGCCAUUAUCGGCAUGUGCAAGUCGCGCGAGGAGGGCCGUCACACUUCGAUGUUCUCCGCCACCUGGCCUCCGGCUGUCCGCGGUCUCGCCGAGUCGUUCAUGAACGGUCCCGUCCGUGUCACCGUGGGCUCCGACGAGCUGUCUGCCAACCGUCGCGUCGAGCAGACCGUCGAGGUGCUCGCUGAUGGCUACGCGAAAGAGCGUCGGCUCAACGACUUCCUGCGCUCCGUCAACGCGCAGCGCUCCAAGGACAAGAUCCUCAUCUUUGCGCUCUACAAGAAGGAAGCACAGCGCGUCGAGCAGACGCUGCGUCGCGCCGGAUUCUCAGUUUCGGGUAUCCACGGCGAUCUGGGCCAGAACGAACGUAUCGCCUCGCUCGAGCGAUUCAAGUCGGCCGAGACACCGCUGCUCGUCGCUACCGAUGUCGCAGCACGAGGCCUGGACAUCCCCAACGUCGAGCACGUCAUCAAUUACACCUUCCCGCUCACCAUUGAGGACUAUGUCCACCGAAUCGGCCGUACCGGGCGAGGUGGAAAGACGGGCAAGAGUCUCACCUUUUUCACCGAGAUGGACAAGGCGCAUGCGGGAGAGCUCAUCCGGGUGCUCAAGGAUGCCGACCAGAAGGUGCCCGAGGACUUGACCAAGUUCCCCACCACCAUCAAGAAGAAGUCUCACUCGAGUUACGGCGACCACUUCAAGGAGCUCGUCCCCGGCAAGGCCAAGAAGAUCACCUUUGACGAUGAUUAG